AUGGAGCAGCAGCCUAAUGCGGUUUAUGUGAUGAAGACCACACCAGACCUGAGCAUCAAGACCACAUCAGACCUGACCAUCAAGACCACACCAGACCUGAGCAUCAAGACCACAUCAGACCUGAGCAUCAAGACCACACCAGACCUGGUCAUCAAGACCACACCAGACCUGAGCAUCAAGACCACAUCAGACCUGACCAUCAAGACCACACCAGACCUGAGCAUCAAGACCACAUCAGACCUGACCAUCAAGACCACACCAGACCUGAGCAUCAAGACCACACCAGACCUGAGCAUCAAGACCACAUCAGACCUGAGCAUCAAGACCACACCAGACCUGGUCAUCAAGACCACAUCAGACCUGACCAUCAAGACCACACCAGACCUGGUCAUCAAGACCACAUCAGACCUGAGCAUCAAGACCACACCAGACCUGUCACGCCCCACCACUAGUCACGCCCCCACCACUAGUCACGCCCCCACCACUAGUCACGCCCCCACCACUAGUCACGCCCCCACCACUAGUCACGCCCCCACCACUAGUCACGCCCCCACCACUAGUCACGCCCCCACCACUAGUCACGCCCCACCACUAGUCACGCCCCCACCACUAGUCACGCCCCCACCACUAGUCACGCCCCCACCACUAGUCACGCCCCCACCACUAGUCACGCCCCCACCACUAGUCACGCCCCCACCACUAGUCACGCCCCCACCACUAGUCACGCCCCCACCACUAGUCACGCCCCCACCACUAGUCACGCCCCCACCACUAGUCACGCCCCCACCACUAGUCACGCCCCCACCACUAGUCACGCCCCCACCACUAGUCACGCCCCCACCACUAGUCACGCCCCCACCACUAGUCACGCCCCCACCACUAGUCACGCCCCCACCACUAGUCACGCCCCCACCACUAGUCACGCCCCCACCACUAGUCACGCCCCCACCACUAGUCACGCCCCCACCACUAGUCACGCCCCCACCACUAGUCACGCCCCCACCACUAGUCACGCCCCCACCACUAGUCACGCCCCCACCACUAGUCACGCCCCACCACUAG